UCCUUCUCUCUUCAUCCCUUCGAUCGUCAUAUGUCUCAGCGUGCCACCAUCCCCCACUUCUCCUCCAUCGCUUUCGGCCACCAUUCCCAUCUCCUGGUUUCCAGUGAGAUGAACUCCAAUUCCAAUUGGUCUUCCUCUUGAUCAAUUCCCUCAAUUCUUUGCAGAAACGAAACCAAUCUAAUCCCAAUCGUUUUUGCCAUUUUAACCCCAAUUCAAUUUUUUUUUCUCGAGUAUUUUCACCGAACACGUCAUGGGCGUUAAAGGCUUCGUCGAAGGCGGCAUCGCCUCCAUCAUCGCCGGCUGCAGCACUCACCCCUUAGAUCUCAUCAAAGUCCGUAUGCAGCUGCAGGGAGAAUCCUCCGCCGCUCCUCCUCCCAAUCUCCGCCCCGCCAUGGCUUUCCCUAAUUCCGCCGCCGCGGCUCAGAACCUCCACGUCCCCACCAUUCCUCCGCCCCGCGCCGGGCCAAUCUCCGUCGGCCUCCGCAUCGUCCAGCAAGACGGCGCCGCCGCCCUAUUCUCCGGCGUCUCCGCCACCGUCCUCCGCCAGACCUUAUACUCCACCACCAGGAUGGGACUCUACGACAUCCUCAAAACCAAAUGGACGGAUCCAAACACCAACGUCUUCCCACUAACACACAAAAUCGUCGCCGGAUUAAUCGCCGGCGGCGUCGGCGCCGCCGUAGGCAACCCCGCCGACGUGGCGAUGGUCCGGAUGCAGGCGGACGGGCGCCUCCCAGCGCCCGACCGCCGCAACUACAAGAGCGUGGUCGACGCCAUUUCCCAAAUGACGAAAAACGAGGGCGUCACCAGCCUCUGGCGCGGGUCUGCUCUUACCGUGAACCGCGCCAUGCUGGUGACGGCCUCGCAAUUGGCGUCGUACGACCAGUUCAAAGAGAUUAUAAUAAAGAAAAAUGUAAUGGGGGACGGGCUCGGGACGCACGUGACGGCCAGCUUCGCGGCUGGGUUCGUGGCCGCGGUGGUGUCGAAUCCCGUGGACGUGAUCAAGACGAGGGUGAUGAACAUGAAGGUGGAGCCUGGGGUGGCGGCGCCCUACAACGGCGCGAUGGAUUGCGCGAUGAAGACGAUUAAAGCUGAGGGGCCGUUCGCGCUUUACAAGGGUUUUAUUCCGACGAUUUCGAGGCAGGGGCCGUUUACGGUGGUGCUGUUUGUGACGCUUGAGCAGGUGAGGAAGUUGCUCAAGGAUUUCUGAGGAAGAUGUGAUGAUGAUGAUGAAGAAGGCUAGUUUAGUCUUUUUUAGAAUAUUAGUAAUUAAUAUGGUUAUGGUAAUUUGGUUUAAUUUCGAUUUUGUGUAAUUUUGUAUUUUAAUGGGAAGAAAUGGUUUAGUUACGUGUUUUGAUUUA